AGGGGGACGAAAGGAGUGUGACCGAACGAUCGUUGCUCGAGUUGGAUAUCCACGACAGUGCUUUCACCGCAUUGUCCAUCCCAUCGCCAACAUGGGCGAGAAAGAAGAGGAAAAGUAUGAAGUCUUGGAGAAGAUUGGCCAAGGUUCCUUUGGCAUCAUCCGCAAAGUCCGACAAAAAUCCACAAACCAGAUCCUAUGCCGCAAAGAAAUCUCCUACAGCCGCAUGUCCGACAAGGAAAAGAACCAGCUGCACGCCGAACUGCGCAUCCUCGAAUCCCUCCGUCAUCCAAACAUCGUCGAGUACUGCCACCGCGAACAUCUCAAGUCUAGCCAUGACCUCCACCUCUACAUGGAGUACUGUGGGAAUGGCGACCUCGGCGGAUACGUCAAGAAGUUGAAAGAUGGGAAUCGCUACGCCGAAGAGGAAUUCGUCUGGCAAGUCUUUGCACAAUUGGUAAGUGCCCUGUUCCGAUGCCACUACGGGGAGGACCCGCCUUGCGUGGGAGAUGAGGGAAAAGUCAGGAAUGGGAAGACACUCUUGCCGUAUCAGACAAAGGAGGGCCACCGCAUGAUUCUGCAUCGAGAUUUGAAGCCCGAGAAUGUCUUCCUCGGAGAGAACAACUCGGUUAAGCUGGGCGACUUUGGCCUCUCGAAAAUCAUCGCCAGCCACGACUUCGCCUCUACAUACGUCGGCACACCCUUCUAUAUGUCACCGGAGAUCUGCGCUGCCGAGCGCUACUCCCACCAUUCCGACAUCUGGUCCUUGGGCUGUAUCAUCUAUGAGCUCGCCUCGCGUUGCGUCCCCUUCGACGCGCGCAACCAUGUUGAGCUUAUCAUGAAGAUCAAAGCCGGCAAGAUCAAGCCUCUUCCACCGCAGUAUUCCCGCGAGCUCGGCGAGGUGAUUGCUUGGUGUCUCAAAGUCGAUCCCAGAUACCGACCUGAUACUGCGCAACUGCUAAAUGUCGCAAACAUUAAACUUGCACGAUCGAGACUGCACCAGCAAGAACAGAGCAAGGACGCGCAAGUAGCGAGGGAUCUGGCACUGGUCAAACUGUCUCAAGCGCAAAAGCAGAUUCUCGAGCUGCAGCAGGAGGUCAGGAGCCUUCGAGAGCAAGGGAAGAAGGUGGAGAUGGAAUGGCACGCCCGAGCUACGCUGGCAAUCGACCAGCGUGUGUAUGAGCAGGUCGAGGCGAAGAAGGCCGAGCUGCUCAAACAGUUCGACUCUGCCGUUGAUCAGCGAGCAGAAGAGAAACUCAGUCUGCAUUUGGCGUCUCUGCCUGCGAGCCAUGGCCUCAAUGCUGGGCAGAGCACGCACGUCAGGUCUAGUACGCCGCCACCUGGAAAGGUCACGAGCAGCUUCACGACCACGGGCACGACCGCGGUGAACGAUAUCGACUUCUCGUCCGUGCCGGGAGAUCUCGCACUUGACGACUCAGCACUGGACACAGAUCUCACGUCUUUGUCACUUCAUGACGACAUCCUCGAAGAUGAGACUUCCCCUCUGGUUCAAAGAAUGACCAAGCCGAUCAAGAAGGCCGUACGCAAGCCGUUGGGUCGAGCGAAAACGUACGCAAACUGCGAUCUCAACACCAUGGCACUGCCCAGCCCGCUCGAUGUCGACAUGGCCGAUCCAUCCCCCAUGCCGCGACAUGUUGCCCCCAUGAGCAUCAAAGGACUGUCCCUCAGCCCGAGGAAGAACGGCCAGACGCGCCUUUCCGGAGCCGGAGACUUGAGGCGAAACAUUCUCAGCAAGCAAAACACCACCGGCCACGACCUGCGCCCUCACGUCCCAGGAGAGUCUCGAGGCGCGACAACCAUCUUUGCCGACGAUAUUGAAGACGAGUCCGAGUUGCUCGACGACGAUGGCAACCUCGACGACUCGCCCAGCAGACCCAAUUCCGGCCUUGCAAUCCACAACGGCGCAGACCCCUUCCAAGUCCUUGCCGCAGCUGAGGCCCCCAGGCCCAAAUUCAUCCCCCGUCCACGACCCAGUCUGAGCAGGCAAAAGACCAUGCCCGUCAGCAUGCCCAGUAGACCUGGCAGCAGCCGCGGCGGGCCUACCGCCACCACCAACGCCUUCACCUCCGCAGCCGCAGGCGGCUUCAAAGCCACGCCCAAAAGCCCGGAGCGCGAAAAGGAAAACCGCCCGCCUUCAUCCUCCUCCCACAACCCCUCCUCCCUCUCAUCCUCCUCCUCCGCCCUCCCGACAAUAACCACAGCCCCGUCUCCAAAACCGCGGAACAUCCUACCACCCAGCAGCACCAAAGCCCUCACCCCCUCCCGCAAAGCCCCCGCUCCCCCAACAGCAAAACCCGGCAUCAACGCAGCAGCAGCCCUCACCAACCUAGCCAGACAAGCGCACAAAAACAACCUCCCGACUACAGCCGCCUCGCCAGCAAAGUCCGUGGGCGUGCAAGGCCGCACACUAGUGCAGCUGCAGCAAGCUCGCUCGCAGCCUCAGCUCGUCCCUACCGUCGAUUCGAGUGAUUGGGAGAGCGGCGAGGAUGGUGGGGUGAUGGGGAGUAGGGUGCCCAGGUUGCUGCCUAGUCCUGCUAAGUGGGAUCCGGUGGAGAUGGGGGACGAGAUGCCGAGUCCGUUUUUGGCGAAGAAGGGGAGGCGGAUGAUGGGGGUGUUGGGACGGGGAUGAUUUGGGGCUCGGGUUGUGCUGGGCGCGCGCGCUUUUCUCGUACGUUUUGGGUGGGUGAGGUCGGAGUAGGUACUUGAUAGGGAAAGGCGGGGAUUGUAUGUGCUUUUAUGAUGCAUUGUUUUAUGGAUC